AUGCAGGUGUCUUCAAUGAAUUUACUCGUGACCGGCUUGUCGCUACUGUGCCUCGCGAAUCCUCUUCACAGCGACCUACGGGGGUCUCACUGGCCGAAUUACGAAUUCUACAACCCCGUGUUCCCUGUACCACACCAGCUGCACGGAAUCCCAGAACUGCCAGGACGAUAUAUCUCUCCCAGUGUGCGGGAACAUCCGACACGAUAUGGCGAAACGCGUCAGACUAUUCGCGAAAUCGGUCACUUUGACAGUUCCUUGACGUUGAGUUACCCUGAAAGGUUGCCAGAGACUGUGUAUCUGCAGCCAGACGUGUCUCCCAGCUACCACGAGUUUGGGUCAAGCGAUCACUUGCAGAGAUCCAAGCUAGAGAGUGUCAAACUCGAAACCGAGGAUACAAAGCCUACCUUGAAGGAGGAAGAGAUUGCAAAGAAAAUGAGGAUCCUCGACAAGCUACUGUCCGAAGAUCCAAGUGAAAAGGACCUAGAGAUCAAUGGGGUAAAGGACAGGAUCAUCACGGAAGAGUCGAAGAGAGUCGUCAGAGCGGUGAAGAAGCAUAAGCCUGGAUUCUUUUGGACCCUUGCGAAGAUCACGUUCGAGUCGAUCAACGACACGAGAUCAGCGAUCAAGCAGAUCAGCGAAAUGAUCAACAACAGCAUCGCGAGUGACUCUGCCACGCAGAGCUCGAUGAUGAGCGGAUCCUUGACAGCUGCAGACUCGACCAGCGCUGGAAGCAACGUGACCACUGUCAAUAAUAACGAAACCACGACGACCACGCAGGCCCCAGCCGCGUUGACCAGAUCAGGACUACAGAGUCUGAUCAGACGCAAUGUUUUGGGUCUCGUGAGACUCUUCAACAUCGAGUGGAAGGACGCCCUGAACCAAUCGGAGACGAACGUGCAGGAAUUCCAGAGGGACCUGGGGAACCAGGUGGGCAGCUACCUUCGCGAUAAUCCUAAAGCCUACUGA